UUGUGAAUGGUGCAAUAGUAAUUGUCCGUUCUCAAAACAAAAAGCUACAAGCGGAACGAAAUACCGACGCUCUGUUGCAUAGGGUUGAUACACCCGGAUGGACAGUCUGUGGGGAAAACAGGUCCGUUUAUCUUAGAAUUUGUUCCCAUUAAUUUCUCGAAAGAAACGCGUUUGCCGUGCAACGAAAUAAUAAUUUGUAAACCGUCGAAACUAACCGUUUUAUGAUCAAUGAAAAUCUUUAUCGUGGAAUCGGUAUAAUUUUAGUAUUUGUGGCUAACAUUAGAAGAUAAUCAGCUAAUCACUUAACAUCAACAAUUCGCCGACCUCCAUGAGGUACCUUAAUCAUAUUAUUUAAUGUCAGUAAAGCACGCGGUUAGUAUCAUUUGGCGUGCAUCGAAAUAAUUAGCGGAACGUUUUGGCUAUCGUCACAAUGGAAGUGGAGUCAUGAAUGACCCGAAGCGCCCGUUCAAGAGAUUUUACAGCAGUCCAUUACUCCGAGGCAACAUUUAUUCGUUUUGAUUCCAAAAUGCCUGGAAUGGUGGUUUUUGGUCGUCGGUGGGGAAUCGCCAGUGAUGAUCUUGUUUUCCCUGGAGCUUUCGAAUUAUUCAUCCGCGUACUUUGGUGGAUUGGCACCGUCCUCCUGUACUCUUAUCACAAGGGUCAAUUUGAUUGUAACGGGAAAGGUGUUCUUCACAUCUACCUUAUUGGACUCUUAGUGGUGCUGGCACUCGUCAUUCUGUCACUAUGUGCCAUUGUAUAUGUCAGUGCUCAAGGUACCAUAACAAAUCCUGGAUCACGACGCUGCAUGCCUACGCUGGUGUACUUGCGAGCUCUUCUUUACCUCCCCGAGCUGAUGUGGGCCUGUCUGGGGGCUGUGUGGGUGUCUGAUGAUGGUAAAGGUUGUGACCCAGCAACCGUGGGGGUUGUCGUCGCAGCAGUGGUUGCCAGUUGGAUCAUCCUGCUUUUCACGGCUCUGGGUGUAAUAUUUGUCUUUGACCCAAUGGGCGACUCUCGGCCUUCAGCUGCUCCCAUGGAGCCCCUGGGAGUGCGACACUUGGAGAGCAGCGGGGGAACUCAGUUCCUUUCCACGGCGCGCUCGCUCGCUGUCAAGGUGUGGGAGAGCAGGCUCCGACUUUUGUGCUGUUGUUUGCCGCAGGACGAAAGCAACCGUGCGGCAUUCUCCAGCAUCUCACAGCUCGUCAGUGGCUUCUUCUCUGACACAGAUUUGGUUCCCAGUGAUAUUGCUGCCGGUUUGGCUUUGAUACAUCAGGAACAGGACAAGAUGGAAAGAAGCAGAGAUCCAGAUGUCACCAUUGAUCACAGUCCAUCAUCUCCCAUUGAAGAAGAUCUGGAGUCCGAGUUGGAGAAAGCCGUACACUUUAUGCACUUUGCUGCUGCAGCCUAUGGCUGGCCUUUGUACGUUUACUCCAACCUUCUCACCGGGCCCUGCAAACUUAGCGGAGACUGCUGUAGAAGUCGUGCUGACGAGUUUGACAUUGUUGGGGCAGACCACCUGGGUUGUAAUUUUUCUUCCAUCCUGCAAAUCACUGGAUUGCAAGACAGAGACUUCAUUCAUGUCAGCUUCCACAAUCAGAUAUACGAGAUCCCCUUCUUUGUGGUGCUGGAUCAUAAGCGGGAGUCUAUUCUUGUGGCUGUCAGAGGAACAUUGUCAUUGAAGGAUGCCCUGACAGACCUUUCUGCCGAAUGUGAGAACAUGCCCAUCGAUGGCGUGACUGGAGCCUGCUAUGCUCACAAGGGCAUCAGCCAGGCUGCAUCUUACAUUUACAGAAAGCUGGUCAAUGAUGGAAUCCUGAACCAAGCGUUCUCCAUUGUGCCACAUGAGUACAAACUGGUCAUUACCGGUCACAGCCUGGGCGCGGGUGCAGCUGCAGUGCUUGCCAUCCUAUUGCGCCACUCCUUUCCCACUCUUCAGUGCUAUGCCUUUUCUCCACCAGGGGGACUCCUGAGUAAAGCCUUAGCUGAUUACUCCAAGGACUUUGUGGUCUCUGUUGUACUGGGAAAAGACCUGGUUCCACGAUUGAGCCUACCCAAUAUGGAGGAUCUGAAACGAAAAAUACUCAAGAUAGUAUCAAAUUGCAAUAAACCCAAAUACCGCAUCCUUUUGCAGGGAUGCUGGUACGAACUGUUUGGUGGAGAACCAGAUGACUCUCCUUCUGAAAUGGUGAGCAGGAGGGAAGAGGAGCUUAAUCUGCCUCUGCUUGGUGAAGAAUCACUUUUGAUCCACCAAUCGUCAUCCUAUCAAAGCCUGGCGUCGGACGACUCACCUCUCCACACUGUGCCACACAUGCCUUUCUUCCUACCUGGACGUGUUCUGCAUAUUCUGGAAGAUGGGCCCACACGCAGAUCUUGUUUCUCCCAGGUCCGAUACCGUGCCGAGUGGUCGAAUGAAAUGGCCUUCAGGAGUAUUUUAAUCAGCCCUAGUAUGCUCGUGGAUCACAUGCCAGAUGCCGUGCUCCGAGCCCUCAAGAGCCUGACCAGCGACAAGCCCUACUCGCUCUGCCCGUCAUCCUCCAACCACAGCCAGCACAAUGUUGUCUGAAUGUACCACACAAACAGGCCUGUCUGUUAAUUUGUAAAUAAGGUGUUUGUCUUUCUCCAAGUGGAUUCUGUGCCCUACGAUCCUGUUGCUAUGCCAAUAUUUUGUUGCACUUUUCCCAACAGACCUGUGGAAACGCCAUUGUUGUUGCAAUCUGAUAGGAAAAUGUUUUAAGAAAAAGGCACAUUGGAUUUUUUUUCUUUGCACUUUUAAUCAUUUUAUGGUUUCAGAUGUACGAUGCAUUUCUGUGAGUUUUAAUGGCAUAAUCUCUUGAAUGUGCUUUGUGUACAAUAUUU